CCUGCACGGGGAGCCCCACGCCCAGCCCUUCCCUUCCCCACCCGUGGAGGGUGAGCUUUCCCCGUCUCCGUGUCGAAACGGCUAGCGGGGAGGCAGCGCCUCGUUUACUCGCCGCCCCGUGCGACGUGGAGGCUGCGAGCAGCGGCCGCUCGGCAGCGGCAGGAGCAGCGCACCGGACGGGAGCGGGCCGGCAGCCGCGGCGCUGCCUACUGACUCAUCAUGGGGGGCUUUUUCUCCACCAUCUUUUCCAGUCUGUUUGGAACUCGAGAGAUGAGGAUUCUCAUCCUGGGACUGGAUGGAGCAGGAAAAACAACCAUUCUUUACAGGUUACAAGUUGGAGAAGUUGUUACCACCAUUCCAACCAUUGGCUUCAAUGUUGAGACAGUGACAUACAAGAAUCUGAAGUUUCAAGUCUGGGACUUGGGAGGACAGACAAGCAUAAGGCCAUAUUGGCGGUGUUACUAUUCAAAUACAGAUGCGGUCAUCUAUGUAGUGGACAGCUGUGAUCGAGACAGAAUUGGCACUUCAAAAUCAGAGCUCGUUGCUAUGUUAGAGGAAGAAGAGUUGAAGAAAGCCAUUUUGGUGGUGUUUGCAAAUAAGCAGGACAUGGAGCAGGCCAUGACUCCCACAGAAAUGGCAAACGCGCUUGGCUUACCGGCUCUGAAGGACCGAAAAUGGCAGAUAUUCAAAACCUCUGCAACCAAAGGCACGGGGCUUGAUGAAGCAAUGGAAUGGUUGGUGGAAGCCUUGAAGAGCAGGCAGUGAUUCAGUGACCAUUGCAGAACAGUUUCAGCUACAUGCAUCAUUCCUUUUUCUGUAGUUGGAUAUUUUCAGGCCACAGCUGGAUUUGGUGGAUUUGAGUGGCUACUGUAUUUGUGUAAUUAAAACACUAAUAAAAUCUGGAACUGUCAGUUGUA